GUUUAAAGGGUUAGCCAUGGAGGUAAUGGCGACCAGCUCAGCUCUGUGAGAAACGACAAAACUCGCCACCACUAAACCCUUUUCUUUUUUUAUCCCUUCCUUUUGAAGAGACGACGCAAAAUCCCUUCAAGCUGGGAAGACUAUCUUCACUUGCGGCCAUGGGGGUCUCUCUCCGCCACUUCUCUCCCUCUUCUUUCUGGGUCUCGCGCCGUCCUCGCGCUUCUUCUUCCGUUCUUUCGUUACUCGUUCCUCACCAUAGAAUCCUUACCAGAAAAGUAGUUAUCACAAAUGGAAAUGCUAGAUAUUGCACUGCUACAGCUUCUGGUGGUUCCCAUGGGUUUCAGCACUCAGGUCGUCAAGGGUCUUCUACCGUUGAGUUUAGUGGAGAGUGGAAACUUAGUGUUGGAUCUAAGACUGCCAUAAUGGUUCCACCAACUGUGAAACUAACCGGAGCUGUAAGUGCUUGGAGAAAAGGGGAAGUCAAUCAGGAUGAUGCUUCUGGUAACGGCAGUAACUAUUUCAGAAGCUUCGUCCCAAAGAUAGAUUAUGGAAACUACCAGACCUUGGAGAACCAGCUAGAAUCCAGAGGUGACGUUGUUACAACGGUUGAUAGAGAGAUGAAUGGCUUUGCGCUACAGAAGAGUCAAAGAGGACCUCUCGUAGCGUUGCCAAGGAAGAAUGUUAAGGCUGGGGAGAAGAUAGAUGACAAGAAUACGGUAACCAUUUCCAAAGUGGGAAAACGGACCGACCUGUCCAAAGUCCGUGCGAACCUCACAAAGAUAUAUAACAGGGUUCGUGUUGUGGAUAAUGUGUCUACCGCAAAGGAAAUUGUGGCUAAGCUCGUGAAUCAAUAUAGGGAUCUUGUCCAUGCUUGCGAUACAGAGGUGUCGAGGAUUGAUGUAAAGAGUGAAACACCUGUGGACCAUGGUGAGCUUAUAUGUUUCAGUAUAUAUUGUGGAUCAGAAGCAGACUUUGGAGAUGGAAAAUCAUGUAUAUGGGUGGAUGUUCUUGGCGAAAAUGGCAAGGAUGUCUUGGCUGAGUUUAAGCCUUUUUUCGAAGACUCAUCCAUUAAAAAAGUAUGGCAUAACUACAGCUUUGAUAACCACAUUAUAAGAAACUACGGAAUCAAGCUUUCUGGUUUUCAUGGUGAUACAAUGCGCAUGGCACGGUUGUGGGAUUCGUCUAGACAGACAUCGGGUGGUUAUUCUCUGGAAGCACUCACAAGCGACCCAAGAGUUCUCGGGGGAACUGAUACAAAGGAGGAAGCAGAACUAUUCGGUAAAACAUCAAUGAAGACGAUCUUCGGCAAGGGAAAACUGAAGAAAGAUGGAACCGAGGGGAAAGUGGUGGUCAUCCCACCUGUUGAAGAGCUGCAAAAGGAUGAUCGAGAAGCUUGGAUUUCCUACUCUGCGCUGGAUUCGAUAAGCACGCUAAAGCUUUACGAGAGCAUGAAGAAACAACUGCAGGCGAAGAAAUGGUUUCUUGAUGGGAAGCUAGUUUCGGGAAAGAACAUGUUUGAUUUCUACCAAGAGUAUUGGCAACCUUUUGGUGAGCUUCUCGCUACAAUGGAAGCGGAGGGGAUGCUAGUAGAUAGGGAGUAUCUUGCGCAGAUUGAGAUUGUAGCCAAGGCAGAACAGGAAGUUGCUGUUUCUAGGUUCAGGAGUUGGGCCUCCAAGCAUUGUCCUGAUGCAAAGCAUAUGAACGUUGGCAGUGACACUCAAUUAAGACAGCUAUUUUUCGGUGGCAUUACUAAUAGUUGUAAUGGUGAGGAUCUUCCAUAUGAAAAACUUUUCAAAGUCCCCAAUGUUGACAAUGUGAUUGAAGAAGGCAAAAAAAGAGCCACAAAGUUCAGGAAUAUCAAACUGCAUAGGAUUAGUGACAGUCCUUUGCCUACUGAAAAGUUCACCGCCUCAGGGUGGCCUUCUGUUAGUGGAGCUACUUUGAAAGCCUUAGCUGGGAAAGUCUCUGCAGCGUAUGACUUUACAGAGCUCGCUGCAGAUGAUAAUUCUCUAGAAGAAAACAUCGGAGGAGAUGAGGAGUUUAUGUCGCUACCAGAUGAAAUUUUGGAAACGGAGAACUCAGAUACAUCUGUUGAAUCAGACACAUCUGCUUUUGGAACAGCGUUUGAUGCGUUUGGUGGGGGUGAAAGUGGAAAGGAGGCUUGCCAUGCAAUUGCUUCAUUAUGCGAAGUUUGCUCCAUUGAUUCUUUAAUAUCAAAUUUUAUUCUUCCCUUGCAGGGAAGUAAUGUGUCUGGCAAAGAUGGUCGUGUCCACUGCUCCCUGAAUAUCAACACUGAAACUGGGCGGUUGUCAGCUAGAAGGCCAAAUUUGCAGAACCAACCUGCGUUGGAGAAAGAUCGGUACAAGAUCCGUCAGGCCUUUAUAGCGUCACCUGGAAAUUCUCUCAUUGUUGCUGAUUAUGGGCAGCUGGAACUUAGGAUUCUGGCACAUCUUGCUCGUUGCAAAAGCAUGAUGGAAGCUUUCGUGGCCGGUGGUGACUUUCACUCAAGAACAGCCAUGAAUAUGUAUCCACAUAUUCGUGAAGCUGUCGAAAAUGGUGAAGUGCUCCUUGAAUGGCAUCCACAACCUGGACAGGAGAAGCCACCAGUGCCAUUAUUAAAGGACGCCUUUGCUUCCGAGAGAAGAAAAGCUAAGAUGCUCAAUUUUUCGAUUGCUUAUGGGAAGACUGCUAUUGGGCUUUCUGAUACGUAUGGAAUCAUCAAGCCUCCUAUUCUGUACCAGUACCAACGCAAAGGCCGAAAGUGAAGCGUUUGGGUAAGAGGCUUUGGCCCAUAACGGGUUGGUUCGUUGUGGAGCGUUCAUUCUAGAAGUAAGCAAGUGAGAAUAAAGCUUGGAGAGGAGGAGGAUCUUUCACACGUGUGGGCAACGGUAUCACGUGGUCUGUCGAGUGGAUGUAUGACCUUUCCUAGGCUAUAAAGUAGGAGGGAUAAGGGUGUGAGGGUUUUAUGCUUUUUGUAGGAUUUGAGUAGUGACAAAAGAGAGAGAAACUUGAGAGAAGAAUAUCUUUUGUACGAUUCUAAAUCCGUAAUACAACGAGUUUUCAUCUUUCUUUCUGAUUUCCAACAAAUUGAUACGUAAAACGUAUCAAAGUAGUCUCGUCCCGGCCGAAAGUGAAGCGUUUGGGUAAGAGGCUUUGGCCCAUAACGGGUUGGUUCGUUGUGGAGCGUUCAUUCUAGAAGUAAGCAAGUGAGAAUAAAGCUUGGAGAGGAGGAGGAUCUUUCACACGUGUGGGCAACGGUAUCACGUGGUCUGUCGAGUGGAUGUAUGACCUUUCCUAGGCUAUAAAGUAGGAGGGAUAAGGGUGUGAGGGUUUUAUGCUUUUUGUAGGAUUUGAGUAGUGACAAAAGAGAGAGAAACUUGAGAGAAGAAUAUCUUUUGUACGAUUCUAAAUCCGUAAUACAACGAGUUUUCAUCUUUC